AUGAAACCUUCUUACACAACAAUGCCUCUCGCAAUCCAAGCUUUCUUCGUCUCUCUCCUCUUCUUCUCCUCCAUUGCUUCGGCAGCUAUCGUCGAACAUGUUUUCCAGGUCAAAAACGUGGUGGUGAAACCAUUGUGCAAGGAGCAAAGGAUACCGACUGUCAACGGAAGUCUUCCUGGUCCAACGAUAAACGUUCGAGAAGGAGAUACUCUGGUGGUCCAUGUCAUCAACAACUCAACUUUCAGUAUAACCAUCCAUUGGCAUGGAGUGUUUCAGCUGAAAAGCCCAUGGAUGGACGGUGCGAAUAUGAUAACUCAGUGUCCGAUUCAACCACGUAAUAACUUCACAUAUCGGUUCGAUAUCACCGGACAAGAAGGUACAUUGUUUUGGCAUGCACACGUUGUUAAUCUACGUGCCACACUUCAUGGGGCUCUAAUCAUCCGUCCCCGAUCAGGCCGUCCUUAUCCGUUUCCUAAACCCUACAAAGAAGCUCCUCUCGUUUUUGGACAAUGGUGGGAUACAGAUAUUGAACAACUGAAUCUACGGCCAGCUCCGAUUUGCGAUGCUUAUCUCAUCAAUGGUCUUGCCGGAGAUUCCUAUCCUUGCUCUGAGAACAGGAUGUUUAAGCUCAAGGUAAUACAAGGGAAAACAUACUUGCUACGGAUUAUAAACGCGGCACUCAACACUCACCUCUUCUUUAAAAUAGCCGAUCACAAUGUGACAGUUGUCUCUGUGGAUGCUGCCUACACAACACCUUACGGUAGCGAUGUGAUGAUCUUGACGCCGGGACAAACUGUCGACGCACUUCUCACGGCCGACCAGCCCAUUGGAAUGUACUACAUGUCGAUAAUCCCUUACCUAAGUGCUAGCUCGUUAGCACCGGCCCCUCCUAGGAAAGUUAUCAAUAGCUUAAUCGUCUACAAGGGUGCCACGUCAACCACAUCCCCAUCAAGGUCGUUGAUGCCUUCACAGAUCAAUUCAGUAUCCACCGCUCAUAGGUUCUCUUCGAACAUCACGAGCCUCGUGGGUGGACCCUACUGGACACUAGUGCCUCGCCACGUAGACGAGAAGAUGUUCGUAACCAUGGGGCUUGGCUUAGAACAAUGCCCUUCGGAAACCAAGUGUGCUGGUCCGUCAGGUCAGCGCAUCACUGGUUCUCUCAGCAACCGUACUUUUCUGAUGCCAGGAACGAUUUCUCUCCAAGAAGCUUAUUUUUAUAAUAUAAGUGGAGUAUACACCGAUGACUUCCCUGACCAACCACCCAUAAAAUUCGACUAUGCUAAUUUUAGGGUCCAUACUGACUCUGAAAAAAAAAUGAUAUUUCCAGAGAGAAAAACUAGCGUCAAGACACUUAAGUAUAAUUCUACAGUUGAGAUCGUUGUGCAGAACACAGGGAUAAUCACCACAGAGAGCCAUCCCAUGCACCUUCAUGGCUUCAAUUUUUAUGUGUUGGGUUAUGGAUUUGGUAACUAUGUUCCUGCCCGCGAUGCAAAAAAACUAAAUCUAGUUAACCCGCAAAUGCACAAUACUGUUGGUGUACCACCAGGAGGAUGGGUUGCCUUAAGAUUUAUCGCCAAUAAUCCUGGUGCAUGGAUAUUUCAUUGUCACAUGGAUGCACAUUUACCGUAUGGGAUUAUAAUGGCUUUCAUAGUUGAGAAUGGACCAACUCCGGAAACAAGCUUGCAGCCUCCACCAUCAAAUCUUCCACAAUGCACACAUGAUCCGACGAUCUAUGAAUCGCCGACCACUAACGUUGGGUUAUCAUACUAG